AUGUCAUCACCUGUUCCGAAUUAUCCUCCAAAUUACGGAUCAUUGAUGCAAUAUUUUUCUCAAACACCUCCUCUUUCUUCUACUCCAACGAGUGAUGAAAAUGUUCUGAGAGCAACUGAAUUUCCCGAAUUUUAUAACCAAAUAGGUCUUGGUGGCAUGAGCGGUGCUAGCGAACCCAUUUCUGACGCAAAUGCAAAUGAACCAGCUCAAGCUCGCCGCAAAAUCCCUAAGUGGACAACCAAUCAAAAUUUGGUGCUACUUAGUGGAUGGAUUAAAUAUGGAACAGACAGUAUUGUUGGCAGGAACCAGAAAAGCGAAGCAUACUGGAGUAAAAUUUCUGAGUACUGUAAUGAGCAUUGCUCAUUUGAUCCUCCCCGUGAUAGAGCUUCAUGCAGAAAUCAUUUCAACUAUUUGAAUAAAAAGUUAAGCAAAUGGAGUGGCACUUACAAUAACGCUAGGCGUAUGCAACAAAGUGGAUGGUCGGAGAAUGAUGUAAUGACAAAAGCGCACAAAUUAUAUUCAAGUGGUAAGAAUGAACAUUUCAAUUUAAUGUCGGAGUGGCUUGCUGUUCGUGAUCAACCAAGCUAUAGUAGUCAAGUAGGAGGAAAUAUUGGCUCUACAAGUAGUGGAUCUAAGAGAUCCCGAGAGAGUGAUGCCAAUGAUUCAAAUUCCGUAGGAUCAAACUCUGCAGGAUCAAGUGCUCGUCCAAUGGGGAUAGAGACAGCAAAAAAAAAGGCAAAAAGAAAAGCAAAGGCGCAGCUUUGGAAACCGUCAAUGAAGAGUGGAAUGAAUACAAACAAUUCAAAGAGAAAGAAUUGGAACGAUUGGACAAAAUAG